AUGUAAAAGGUUAAUAAUAAGCUAAAUCUUUUAAGAGAAUUGAUGGCUUUAAAGUAUAUUGAAGCAUAUAUAGUACUUCAUUAUGAUACUCAUGAUGUAAACUUAAGUGUUUAAAUAAUAGUCUGAGUAUACUUCUGACUCAAAUUAACGAUUAGCUUUUAUCUCUGUAUUUGAUGAAUCUGCAGGUGUAAGAUUGAAUCACUAAAACUAUAUCUUAUUUAUGGACAGAUUCAACUUACCAUUUGUAAGCUGAAAAACAAUUAGAAAAAUGGAUGGGAAUUACAAAAAUUGGAACCUGCAUGGAAGUUAUGUUUGAAAGGAUAAACAAUAGGUUAUGAUCCUCUAUUGAUUAGUCAUAGUAUUAUUUUCUUAUUAUAAAAAGUGUUUAGAAAAUCAAGCACAACCUCAUUGUGGAAUGUAAAUCUUAAGGCAAUCAAUUAAAAUUUAAUAGAUUUAAUAUAGACAAAUAAAACUUAAGAUUCACUAUCAUUGUUCAUGAUUUGGAGUAUAUCCAAAAAUAAAAAGAUUUCUUAAAUAUUUUAAAAUCUGUAAUAGAAAAAAGCAAAAUAUAUUCUAAUUUUCAAAUUAGAAUAAAAUAGGAUGGGUUUUAAAUUUAAGAGGAAAAGAUAUAAAACUUAAUCCUUUAUUUAAGAGCUAUUUAUAUUUAAGAGAUGAUUAUAAAGAAAUAUAAUAUAUUAAUCCAGUUUAAGUUAAUGAGUAAGUGAAACAGUAUUCGACUGAUAAUAAAAUUGAAAUAAAACCUAUUUUUAGAUGUAUUUAAUGAUAAUUUCAUCAAUUCAGCGGUAAUUCCUCUAGAAAUCAAUGAUAGAUUAAUAAAUUAAGUUGUAUGUCUAAUAGAAUUGCUUAAAGCUAUAAAAAAUAAAAGAGAAAUAUAAGAAUAUAAGGAAUCACAUAUAAGAGUUGGUGAAUCCAUUAUUUAUGAUGGCUUGAGAAAUAAUCAUUAAAUGGUGAAAUUUUGGAUAAAUACUAAGCAGCUGAAGUAUUUGGCUUAAUAUCGUUUUAAAUAAAAUAAUAAUAUGGGAUUAUCAUCCGAUUCUAUUUCUAGUAGUGGAGCUAAUGCUGCUAUAGUUCAUUAUCAUUCAACUUAAAAUAAUAAAUCUAUAAUAAAUCCUAAUUAUAUUUAUUUGAUUGAUUCAGGUGGUCAAUAUUUAGAUGGAACUAAUAAUUUCACUAAAAACAUAUCAUUUCAAAUAACCAACAAUAGAAGAAAAGAAUGUUUAUAAAAGAGUACUUCUAGGCAAUUUAGAUAUAGAAAGAUUGAUAUGGCCAAAGAAAAGUAAGAUUCAUGGAAGAGAUAUGGAUGUAUUAGCAAGAAGAUGGUUAUGGGAAGUUAAUUUAGAUUAUGGACAUGGUACUGGUCAUUGAGUUGGAUAUUUAUUUUAAUGUACAUGAAGGACCUCAUAGAAUUAAUAAAUAUAGAUCUUAAGUAUUCCAACCUGGUAUGAUUGUAUCUAAUGGUAAAAUACAUUAAUUAAUUAUUUUUAGAGCUUGGAUAUUAAGAAGAAGGGAAGUUUGGUAUAAGAAUUGAGAAUCUAAUCUUAUGUGUUUAAGUUAAUGAUCAAUAUUUAGGAUUUGAAAAUCUCAUUUAUUGUUCAUAUGAUAGAAAUCUAACCAAUUUAGAUUUAUUAAGUUCUAGAGAUAGAAAUUAUAUUGAUUAGUAUCAUUAUCUGGUUAGAAAUAACUUAUAACCUUUGAUGAAAGAAUAUAAAGGCAAAGAUUGGCUAUUGAAAAUAAUAGAACCUUUAUGA